CGUCGGCAACUGAUCCGAGAUGCACAGGCGACAGUCUCUGUUCGAGGCCAUGGAGCGCUUCGUGUCGGCCGUGGGCGAGAUGGACGGCACUGUGAUGGUGCCCAGCCUGCUGCGCGACCUCCCGGCGCGGCACGCGAGCGACUCCGCCACCUCGUCGUUGUCGACAGACGAGCGCGACUUGUUCGCCCUGUACGCCCAGCUCAAGAGCGUUCGCUCUCAGAUCGAGUGGGGGGCGCUGCCGCCCUCGGCGGGCACCGGCGGCGCGUCGGGUGGCGGAGGGCAUCGCGACAAGAAGAAGAGGCAGCAGCAGCAGAAACGCCAACAACAACAACAACAGGUCGUCAACAACAACAACAACAAUGUCGUCGUUGCUGUAAAUCAGCAGCAGCAGAAUGGAGGCUCCAGUGUGGGAGGAUUGCCAUUGAAGACGACUCUGGACGUGCUCAUGGCGCAGGAGAUUGAUGGUGGUGGUGAUGGUGGUGAUGAUGAUGAUGAGGUUGAUGAUGAUGGUGGUGAUGAUGAUGAUGUGGAACAGAGGUUCCGCCUGCACGUGACCGGCCUGCACGUGGCCCUGCACGAGAUGACGCAGCUGGCGCGCGCACUCACGCGCAGGUACAAGCAGGAGGUGAACCUGGGCAGCGUGGGGGCCAUGUAGGGGGGUGGGGUCA